AUGGCUGCAACAAUCGCAGUGGUGAAGCUAUGUUCUGAGCAUAUUCCUGUGUUUCUGAAUACAGGGAGCGGCAGCAAGAAGAAGAAGGAACGUGUUACAGCCAUAGUAAAGAUACCUAAGAUCAGCUCUAAACAAAUGGAUCCUACUUGUGGUUUGGUUGAGAAGGUUCGGGACGUCGUGCUCGGCGUAAUUUGUGAGCAGCUUCGUUAUCUCAUUCACUAUCACAGAAACAUUGAGGAGCUCAGUGAACAACUUAUGGCUCUCGCGCUUAAAAGGAACUCCAUACAGCAUCAAGUAGAUAUGGCUAAAAAUAAUGUAGAAGAAAUUGAAGAGGAAGUUCUUCGUUGGUCGCACAAAGUAAAUGAGAUAUCAGAGCAAGUACAACGGCUACAUAAAGAGAGUCAAGCAAAAAGAGAGUGCAGUAUAACUUCAUGUCCCAACCCAUGGCUACGCUCCAAGUUGAGCGCAAGAGCAAAGGCAAUGACCCAACAAGUUGUUGAAAUUUGUGGAAACGGAAACUUCAACACAGUUUCAUAUCGUGUUCCUCCCCAGUCGAUGCCACAAUUAACCAACAGAGAAAGCAAUGAAGGUAUUGGUUCAAGAGUGCCGAUUAUGAAUCAAAUUAUGGAGGCACUGCGGAAUCCAAGUGUUAAUAUGAUCGGAUUGUGCGGGCUGGGCGGUGUUGGCAAGACCACUAUAGCUAAAGAGGUAGCAAGGAAUCAAAAGAUGUUUGAAAAGGUGAUCAUGACAACUGUUUCUAAAGAACUGAAUGUUGAGAAGAUUCAAGGCAAGAUUGCUGAAAAGUUGGGUCUGCAACUCAAUGAAAAAGCUGAAGAUGUAAGAACUGCUCGUCUAUGUGCGAGGUUGAAGCAAGAGAAGAAUAUGCUCCUAAUUUUGGAUGAUCUUUGGGAGGAACUUGAUUUGGGCAAAGUUGGAAUUCCCUUUGUUGAAGGUUGCAAAAUUUUACUAACUUCAAGGAAUGAAAUAUUGCUGUCAAAAGACAUGAAAUGUCAAGAAAUUAUCAAAGUGGGUGUUUUGUUAGAGGAUGAACCAUGGGAGUUGUUCAAGAGGAUUGCUGAGCUUUCUGUUGACUCAAGUAGUCCUGAGUUGUUACCUACAGCCAAUGCGAUUGUCCGAAAGUGUGGUGGCCUACCGCUAGUGAUUGCUACAGCUGCCAAGGCAUUGAAGAAUAAAGAUCUAAAUGAUUGGAAAGAUGCCCUUGCACGAUUGAAUAAUCCUAUGAGGAGAAACAACACAUUAACUAAAGAGGGGGAUACCAUUUUGAAGUUGAGCUACAAUCAUCUAAGCUCAUCAGAGUACAAACAUAUUUUCUUGCUCGCUGCCAUGUUGUCCCAUGAUCCCUCAAUCGAAGACCUCCUCAUGUACUCUGUGGGGUUAGAUGUUCUUAACCAAGUAGAAAACAUGGAGGAAGCCCAUGCUGGAAUCUCUGCUAUUGUAAGUAAGCUAAAAUCAUUGAGCUUAUUUCUUGAUAGCUUUUCUAGUCAUUAUUUUACAAUGCAUGACGUCAUCCGAGAUGUUGCAUUAUCUAUUGCAUCGUCCAUGGAAUUGUGUGCAUUCAUUGUGAAGCAUGGAAAUUUGAAAGAAUGGCCGGAUGAAAACAUGCUAAAACGCUACAAGGGAAUUUACUUACAAGAGAGUGACAUUAGUGACUUUCCCAAUGAGUUACAUGGUCCACGAUUGGAAUUCUUUUUGCUAAAUAGCAAAAAACUUGAUUUGACCAUACCGAGCAUGUUUUUCAAAUCUUCAAAGGAGCUGAAAGUAUUGGCAUUUACCAAUGUGCAUUUUUUGUUACUACCAUCUCUCAGUUUCCUACAAAAGCUAAAAACGUUGUGUCUACACUCUUGUUUGCUGGAAGAUAUAACUGAGGUCAGAAGGUUGAAGAAUUUAAAGGUCCUAAGUCUUGCUUACUCUGAAAUUCAACAGCUACCAAUUGAAUUGGCAGAGUUGACUUCUUUACAAAUGUUGAAUUUGUCCCAUUGCUCUAAACUCAAAGUGAUUCCACAAAAACUCCUAUCUAGCUUGAAAAAUUUGGAGGUUUUGCACAUGGGAAAUAGCUUCAACCUGUGGAAAGUUGAAGGAUCUGCUGAAGCUAAUGAUAAUGCAAGUCUUGACGAGUUGAAGGAUUUGCCAAUCUCUUUUCUAGAUAUUCAUAUCCCCAAUGCCUCUAUGUUGCCAGAGAACUUGUUCUUAGAUAUGAAUUUGAAGAGAUACAAGAUAUUCAUUGGUAAGCAUUGGGAAUGGCUAGGCAAUUACGAAGCUUCGAAGAUAUUGAAACUUGAACUGGAGAGUAGUAUCCAUUUGAAGCGAGGGCUUCCAAAAUUAUUGGAAGGAGUUGAAGAUAUGUAUUUAUAUGGAUGUAACGGGCUUGCAAAUGUUCUUUACGGUUAUGAUGGAAGAAGAUUUCCGCAUUUAAGGCAUCUUCAUAUUCAAUACGUUGUUUUCAACUCAGCACAUCAUGAGGCUGCAACAAAUAACAUAUCCAAUCAAAUUUGCUCAUCACUUUUCAACAAGAAGGUGUUACUCCCAAAGUUAGAGAUAUUGGAAUUAUCCAAUUUAAACCCUUUGAUUCCAGGGAUAUGGGAUGACCACCUUUCAGAUAAUUCAUUUGGCAACUUGAAAACAUUGAUUGUGAAAAGUUGUGGCUUUGAGAAAUUGGUGCCCCUUCAUGUGCUGAAAUCUUUAAACAGCUUGGAAGAAUUGGAAGUCAAGGACUGUGACUUGUUGGAGAUGGUGUUUGACUUUGAAGAUUUAAAUGAUGAUAAUGAGAUGGUGCCAUCAUCCAUGUCUGUGCCAUUGAAAAGGUUAAUGCUACAAAAAUUGCCAAGAUUAAAGAAUGUGUGGAGGAAUCACCGCCAAGGAAAUGCCUCCUUCCAAAGCCUUAGGAGCAUACAUGUUUCCUUUUGUGAAAGCCUCACAAGUGUGUUUCCUUCAUCCAUAGCCAAAGACAUGCUUCGUGAUCUUGAAGAGCUUCGAAUAGCUAAUUGUGGUAUAGAUGUGAUUGUUGCAAAGGAUCAAGUUUCAGAAUCUGCUACUACUAUAUUUAAGUUUCCUAAGCUGAUUUCCCUUGAGCUUUCUGGUCUUCCAAACUUGAGGAACUUCUAUCCACAUAGACACAUGAUAGAAUGUUCACACCUUCAACGAUUACUUUUCUGCAGUUGUGAUAAUCUAGAGAUAUUUGAAAAGCAAGGUUCAAGUUUAUCAGAAAUACAUGAGGAAGGAAGCACACUGGACUCAAAAUAUCCUCUACUGUCCUAUGACAAGGUUGAUAAUUUGGAGGAGUUAAGAUUGUGGGGCAAAGAAGCUGAGAUGAUUGGGAGUGGCCAAUUUCCAAUGUACCGCUUCCCCAGAGUAAAAAUUCUUUAUCUUAGGCUCGUGGAACCAACAAUAAUUUCGUACAAAUCAUUGUGGGAGAGCUUUCCAAAACUAGAUGAGCUGGAGCUGUGGGGUGGCAUUAGGAGGGACACUUAUGGAGGAGACGAUGUUGUUGCAUUUGCUGCUCCUUUUUCAAAAUUGACUAUCGGCGAUAUUUUUCUGAAAAACUUGGGAGCAUUCUUACUUUCUUCACCAAAUCUCACACAUCUCCACUUGAAAUGCAAUCAAUGGCUGACCGCUUUGAUAACAUCAUCAAUAGCUCGAAGCUUGGUGCAUCUCAUGCAUCUCUCAAUUAGUCAGUGCAAUAGAAUAGAGGAAAUUAUCACGAAGCCAGAAGGAGAGAAUGAUGAGAACAGGGAAAUUGUUUUUGGCAAAUUGGAGUUUUUGAAACUUUAUCGGCUUCCAAGACUGAAGAGAUUUUGCAGCCACAGUUGUACUUUGAGGUUUCCAUUAUUGGAUCAACUAAUGAUAACAAACUGUCCAAAAUUCAAAAUAUUCUCUCCAGGACUAAUCGAUACACCAUGUCUUAAAAGCGUUCAAUUGUUACAAGAUAGGGGGAAACGUCAGCAAUUUUGGGACACCAAUCUUAAGAAAACAAUCUACCAACAGCAAUUUGUCGCAUCAGGAGUGCUGGUGUUAGAUGAGAGUGACCAAUUUCCAGUGGACCAGUGUCCUAGAGUGGAUAUUCUUCGCAUCGAAAGAUCUGUCUAUAAAAUGAUGACAUUGCUUGAAAGAUUUCCACAGCUGAAAGCACUUCAUGUGCAACAUAGUCCCUUUGAGGAGAUAUUUCCAUCACAAGCACACAUUGUUGAUCAUACGGGAAAAUUUCCGCCAUUGAAGGAAGUCUACCUUGCCAAUAUGGAUGAGCUCAAGCACAUAUGGAGGAAUGAUUCUCAGCUGCCCACAAUUCAAAAUUUAGAAGUCCCUCAUGUUGAAAACUGUUCUAGUUUGAUUACAUUGGCACCAUCCUCUACUUCAUUUGAUAGUUUGACGGUCCUGGUGUCCAAAUGCCAUCAGCUUGUCUAUUUAGUGACAAAUCAUAUGGCCAAAAGUUUGGUGAAUCUCGAAACAUUGGAGAUGAAUGACUGUAAAAAGAUAGAAGAAAUUGUAACGAAGCAAAAAGGAGAGGAUGAUGAGGACAAGGAAAUCCUUUUCUGCAAAUUGAAGUUUUUGAAACUUGAUCAGAUUCCAGCAUUGAAGAGAUUUUGCGGCCACAAUUAUACUUUCAGGUUUCCCUCAUUGGAUCAAGUAAUCAUAAUAAACUGUCCAACAUUAAAAAUAUUCUCUCCAGGACUCAUCGAUACACCAUCUCUCAAAAGCGUUCAACUAUUACAAGAUGGAGAUAAACCUCAACAAUUUUGGGGCGUCAGUCUUAACAAAACAAUCUACCAACAGCAAUUGGCAUCAAGAGAGGGGGUGUUAGACGAGAAUGAUGCUAGCAUCAUAUGGAAUGACCAAUUUCCAGUGGACCAUUAUCCUCAAGUGGAAAUUCUUCGCAUAGAAAGAUUUCUUGAUGAAUGGAUAGCAUUUCCGUAUGCAUUGCUUGAAAGAUUUCCACAGAUGAAUGCGCUUCAUGUGAAGGAUAGUUCCUUUGAAGAGAUAUUCCCAUCACAUGCACACAUUGUUCAUCAAAUUCCACCAUUCGGGGAACUCCACCUUGCCAAUUUGCAUCAGCUCAAGAACAUAUGGAAGGAUGAUUCUCAUCUGUCCCCAAUUCAAAAUCUACAAAUCCUGAAUGUUGAAAAUUGUUCUCACUUGAUUAAAUUGGCACCAUCCUCCACCUUAUUUAAUAAUUUGACAGUGCUGAAGGUCUUGAGAUGUCAUCAGCUCAUCUAUUUAAUGACAAGUUCAACUGCCAAAAGUUUGGUGAAUCUUGAAACAUUGGAGAUAUAUGAUUGCAGAAAGAUGGAGAAACUUGUGAUGAAUGAGACUAAUGAAGCUGUGGAAGGGAGAAUCACAUUCAAUGCGUUGAGAAUAUUAGAACUCACCCUUCUACCAAGAUUGAAAACAGAAGAGGAUAAAACGGAUUUCAACAGUGAAGGCCGAGUAACAAGUAGAAACAUUUUCAGAUCACUUUUCAGCCGUCAUAAGGUGUCAUUCCCAAAGUUAGAGAUAUUAGAAUUAUGCUUAUUAAACAGUUUGAUUCCACCGAUAUGGGAUGACAAACUUUCACACAACUCAUUUGGCAACUUGAAAACAUUGACUGUGCGGAGGUGUCGCUUUGUGAAAUUGUUACCCCUUCAUGUGCUGAAAUCUUUAAACAACUUGGAAGAAUUGGAAGUCACAUCGUGUGACAUGCUAGAGACGGUGUUUGAUUUUGAAGAUUUAAAUGAUUAUCAAGAGAUGGUGUCAUCAUCAGUGAUUGUGCCACUGAAAAAGUUAACGCUAGAUGAUUUGCCAAAAUUGAGGAAUGUGUUGGGCAAUAAUGACCGCCAAGGAGAAAUAAACUUAGUUUCUUCACGAGAUAGUUCAUGCCAUCAAAUAGAAGAACUUAUGACGAAACAGAAAAAAGAGGACAAUGAGAACAAGAAAAUCAUUUUCAGCAAACUGGAGUAUUUGGAACUUGAUGAAUUACCAAGGUUGAAGAGAUUUUGCAGCCAAAAUUAUACUUUCAAGUUUCCAUUAUUACAAUUUGCCAUCGUAACAGAGUGCCCUCAACUCACAAUAUUCUGUUCUGGAGCCAUCCAUGCCCCGCUGCUUCAAAAGGUUCGAGUGAUGACUCAAUAUGGACUUGAUCACAUAGAUAUUUGGAUGACUGAUCUUAAUGCCACCAUCCAACAUGGGUUUACUAUUCAAGAGGUAAUUUCCACAACCAGAAGCAUGGCUUUAAAUGCAGAGAAUAUCAUGAUGAUAAGGAAUGUUUUUCCUAAAGUGAGAACUCUUUAUGUAGAAAGCUUCAAGGAUGAAGGGGUAACCUUUCCCUAUAGGUCCCUUGAAAGAUUUCCCAUGUUGGAAAAGCUUUAUGUGGAGAAUAGUUCCUUUGAGGAGGUAUUUCCCCCACAAGAUGAGAUUAUCGAUUUUAUGGGGAAAAUCCCACCAUUUGAGGAAUUACACAUUGCCUAUUUGGAUCAACUCAAGAGCAUAUGGAAGGAUGACUCUCAGCUACCACCAAUUCAUCAAGACCUAAUAAAAUGCCUAGAAGUCGAAAGUUGUCAUAGCUUGGUCAGGUUGGCACCAUCCUUUGCUUCAUUUCAAAAUUUGUGGAAGCUGUCUAUAUCUGGGUGCCAUCAACUCGUCUAUUUGGUGACAAGUUCAACUGCCAAAAGCUUGGCGAGUCUUGAACGGUUGGGGAUAAACGAUUGUAAAAAAAUGGAGGAAAUUGUAUUGAAUGAGAACAAUGAAGGUGUAGAAGGUGGAAUCACUCUCAACCGAUUACAGCGGAUUGAACUUACUGAUGUGCCAAGCUUGAAGAUAUGUUUUGUCCAGGAGCGCUGA